AUGAUCGAGAAUGUGAGGAGAUGCAUUCCAUUAAAUGCACAACCAGGAUUGCGAGGACCACCAGGCCUGCCAGGUAGGGACGGACGGAAAGGAGGUGAAGACGAACUAGGAUUUCCUGGUGAAGGUCCUCAAGGAGAACCAAGAAUGUCUGGAAGGCAAGGUGAACCGGGUGACAAAGGAAUUCCAGGACUACCAGGACUUCGUGGCAAUGAAGGUGAUCAAGAUUGGGAAGGAAUGAUGGUAGGAUAA